AACAAAAAAACUCGAACACUCACUCUAACGUAAGACGAUGGAAUUUGCAGUCGACGAGAACGACCUGAAAGCCGCCGGCGCCGAGCUCUUCGAGGACGGUGGCCGGAAAGGCGUCCGCAUCCAUGGCUGGCUGAUUGAGUCUCGGAGGCACUCCAUACUCACCUCAUCAAACGUCGAAGAGUGGGAACAGAAGCUUCACACGUCUCAUUUACCAGAAAUGGUUUUUGGAGAAAACACUUUGAUUCUAAAGCAUUUGAGUAGUGGCACCAAAAUUCACUUCAAUGCAUUUGAUGCUCUUCGUGGCUGGAAACAGGAAGCUUUGCCACCGGUUGAAGUUCCUGCAGCAGCUCAAUGGAAGUUUAGAUGCAAGCCUUCUGAACAAGUGAUACUAGACUACGACUAUACAUUUACAACACCUUAUUGUGGAAGUGGCACUAUUGAGAUUGAUAAAGAUCUGAAUGCGAGCGAGAUUUCUGAGGAAACUAGCAAUCUUCAUUGGGAAGACUGCAAGGAACAAAUUGACUUGGUUUCAUUGGCGUCGAAAGAGCCUAUACUUUUCUAUGAUGAGGUGGUACUAUAUGAGGAUGAACUUGCUGAUAAUGGAGUAUCACUUCUUACCGUAAAAGUGAGAGUCAUGCCAAGUUCUUGGUUUCUUCUCUUGCGAUUCUGGCUUAGAGUAGACGGAGUGUUGAUUCGACUGAGAGAUACACGUAUGCACUGUGUAUUUGGUGGAAGCACAAAUCCCGUUAUUCUUAGAGAGAGUUGCUGGAGAGAAUCUACAUUUCAAGCUUUGUCUGCGAAAGGGACCCCUUUUGAUCCUGCUGUGUAUAAUGAUCCAAGCAUUAUCAGCCAGAGGCUCCCCAUUGUCAAGCAGAUGACCCAAAAUCUUGUAAUUUCUCCUAAGUUAUAGGGCUGUAUAUUCCCUUAAUGCAGAAAGUGAAAUUGAUCAAUUACUACUAUCUUGUUCAUAUUUUAUUGAGACCUUAUCCUGGUUGUUGACACCAUCAUUACUUCUUAUGACUUAAACUAUGUGAUCGGAAGUGGGAGAUUAAAAUGAGGUGGAGGUACUGAUAGAGUGUCUAAAAAUUGAAGUCGAAACCAGAAUUCUUCACAUCCUGUAGUUUGUUGAGGAAACACUGUUUUUAAAUCUACUGAAAUGCCUUGGGCAGAUAUCACUUGCCACCCA